AUGGAAAAAUAUUCAACAACCCUUGUUUUCUUCUUAUGCUUCUCAUUCUCACAUUCUACAACAUCGUUCCCCAAACAAGCACUUCCCACUAAAUCAGGUUACCUACCAGUGAGCUCCUACUCCAAUUCCUCCAUUUUCUACACAUUCUAUGAAGCCCAAAACUCAACCUCACCUCUCUCCCAAACCCCACUUCUCAUCUGGCUUCAAGGUGGUCCUGGCUGCUCCUCCAUGAUUGGAAACUUCUAUGAACUUGGGCCCUAUCGUCUCACCAAAUCACUCACCCUUCAACCCAACCCUGGUUCUUGGAAUAGAAUCUUUGGUCUUCUUUUUCUCGACAAUCCAAUUGGAACUGGCUUCAGCGUAGCCUCAACCCCACAAGAGAUUCCAACCGAUCAAAACGGAGUCGCAAAACACCUUUUCACUGCUAUAACAAGGUUUCUUCAACUUGAUCCUGUUUUCAAACAUCGUCCUAUUUAUAUCACAGGUGAAAGCUAUGCUGGAAAAUAUGUUCCUGCAAUUGGAUACUACAUCUUGGAGAAAAACGCUGAGUUGAAAGACCCCGCCAAGAGAGUGAAUUUAGCUGGUUUGGCAAUUGGUGAUGGAUUAACAGACCCUGUAACACAAGUUGUUACUCAUGCUGCUAAUGCUUAUUACGUUGGAUUAAUCAAUGAGAAGCAAAAGAAUGAGUUGGAAAAAGCACAACUUGAAGUUGUUAGAUUGGUUGAAAGAGGGAAUUGGAGUGAGGCAACUGAUGCUAGAAACAAUGCAUUGAGUUUAUUGCGUAGCAUGACCGGGUUGGCUACUUUGUAUGAUUAUUCAAGGAAAAUUCCUUAUGAAGAUGAUUUGGUUGAAAAGUUCUUGAACAUUGCUGAAGUGAAGCAGGCUUUAGGAGUGAAUGUCGAUGAAUCGUUUGUUUACGAGAUAUGCAGUGAUGCUGUUGGUGAUUUAUUGCAUGAUGAUGUGAUGAAAAGUGUUAAGUUUAUGGUGGAGAAGUUAUUGAAAGAGAGUACUAAAGUGUUGCUGUAUCAAGGACAACGUGAUUUGCAAGACGGUGUGGUUCAAGUAGAGGCAUGGGUGAAGACAAUGGAAUGGGAAGGGAUUGUUGAGUAUUUGAAUGCUGAGAGAGAGAUUUGGAAGGUGAAAGGAGAUUUAGCUGGUUAUGUGCAGAAAUGGAAGACUCUUACUAAUGUUGUGGUUUUGGGGGCUGGACAUCUUUUGCCUACUGAUCAACCUUUGAACUCUCAAGCUAUGAUUGAAGAUUGGGUUUUGGAAAAGGGUUUGUUUCGAAGUGUCUUGUAUCCAAAUGUAUCCACAAAUUAUGCACAUGAUCUUGUCUAA